UGCCGUUAGAUGCCCAUUCCCCCCUUCUCCUAUACGUUUUAUUAAAAGACACUUUAUUUUGCGCUACGUCUCUGAGUCUCCUGAUUUUAUACCGAAUCUCACCUCCAAGUCCCCCGGGUUGCCACAUUUGGUGGAGGAUGCGGGCACGGCGAUCUAUCGCAAGAGAUUCUGUAUAAAAUAGGUACUCAGAGAGUCCCGCAGUGCUAUGGAGGACGCCCUAGCACAGCUCGUGCAGACGCAAACCCAGCAGACACAGAGCCUAAGAGCAUUACAGGAUGCUAUGACAACUCUGGGUCAGCACCUGAUGAGACCAGAGAGGCCGACGGAACCCAGUAAAGUGCUCACCAAGCAGACGGGCGAUGAUGACAUUGAAGCCUACCUAAGGGUUUUUGAGAGAACGGCAGAGAGAGAGAGGUGGCCUCCAGCAGAGUGGGCAGGGAUACUAGCCCCGUUUUUAACAGGUGAUGCACAAAAGGCCUGUCGGGACCUCGGCCCCUCCGAAGUAAAUAAUUAUGACGUGUUAAAAGCCACCAUCUUAGCCCAUUAUGGACACAACCUCCAGACCAGGGCCCAACAGUUCCACUCCUGGUCAUAUGACGCUACUGCUCCUGUACGGCCACAGGUUGCAACCCUGAUGAGACUGACACGCAGUUGGUUAACCACGGGAGCUGGACCUUCAGCCCUGGACCGAGUUGUGAUGGACCGUUGUGUUAGAGCACUACCCAGGGAUGCCAAACUACAUGCCUCCCAAAGCAGCCCAAAGACGGUGGAUGAUCUAGUUGACGUAUUGGAAAACCACCAGGUCACAGUGGAGCUGAUGCGGAGCAGUCGGCAAGAGGGAAACAAGCCAAGGUGGACUAAGGACCCAGUGACUCCACCACCACUACACCGCCAGAUUCCACAGGUGGGACAGGCCCGACCGCCGCCCCAGCGUCGACCCCUCGUGAAUCCGGACCGCCGGAAGUGCUUCACCUGUGGCCAAGAGGGCCACUUAGCUUUGAAUUGUCCGGUGAAUGACGUCUUGAUGCCGACGGCAGGCUCAUCAGAUCCACAACAGAAGGCCGGCAGCUACCUAACCACUUGCUGGGCCCAUGAGGGCGCAAGGGCCCCAAAACUUCCUGUCAGAAUAGGGGACCAGGAUGCAGAAGCCCUACUGGACUCGGGGAGUGCUGUCACUCUCUUACGACCCGGGCUGACAACUGGCACCCGAGGGCCCCCUAUCCCAGUCUCCUGUGUCCAUGGGGAUUCGCGGAAUUAUCCCACCACCCACAUUAAGGUUCAGACCACAAGGGGAACUUUCGAAGUCAUGGCCGGAGUGGUAGAAAAUUUGCCGGUGCCAAUGCUGAUUGGUCGGGACUGCCCCAUAUUCUGGCGUUUGUGGGCCGACAGGAUGACGAGCAACAGGAGAAACCGAAAAAACAGACCUCGGAGCACCCAGAAUACCAAAUUGCUACAUGCCUGUGCAGCGCCAUCUAGCCCGACUGGUUCAUCAGCAGAGCAAACGGACGAGGAAGCCCAGGCCCCAGCAGAGGCCCCAGCAAGGGAGGACCCACCACCGACUGAGGCCUCAUCAAACGAAGUGUUUUCUGAGUUCCCCAUGGCCGAAGAGGAAAAUGCUGGAAGCCCAGGACAGUUUGGGACCGCACAGUUGGAAGACCCCAACCUUCAACAAGCCAGACAGAACCUGACGGUGAUCGAGGGGAAUCCUGCAGAAGGGAUCGUGUUCCUGAAGCCGCCGUGGACUCUCCACGAUGUCCUGCGGUGCUUGAAGAAGCACUGGAUCGCUGUGUUCGGCCAGGUGGCCUCACGGAGGCAGCUGGACAACGUAUUACACCUGAUCGACUUCUUCAACUCAGAUGCAGGUGAUGGAACAGCUCACGCGCUCCGGGAGGCGACUGGAGGUGAACGGUCUGCAGGUCUACGCGGAGCUCACCUGCAUGGACAUCGACCCGCCACGGAGGGCGCUACAGACUCACUAUCUAAACAAGCUCCUCGGCAAGACCUCCUUGUUCUGGAUACAAACGUUCUGAUCAGUCACCUGGAUUACGUGAAGAAGAUCAAAGCCCACGGCCUUGGAGCCGUGGGCUUCCCCAUCGUGCUGAUCCCCUGGGUGGUCCUGCAGGAGCUGGACUCCCUGAAAAAGAGGCGGGGCACGUCGAGCUCCGUGGCCCGCCGGGCGCUUCUCAGCAUGUCAUACAUCAACGCGUGUCUGAAGAAGCGGGAGCCCAAGCUGUGGGGCCAGUCCAUGCAGCAGGACGUCGCCAUCAGCAGUGAGUGACUCAUUCAGGGACAACAGGGAUGUUCUGUGGUUGUUACACAUUUAUUACAACCGAGAACGGACGCUGACGGUUCACCUUUAAAAACC